AUGCACAUCCUGGUCGUCAACGACGACGGCCCGCCGAGCACGCACUCGUCGCCCUAUGUGCACACGCUGGUGCGGGCGCUCCAGGCGGCCGGCCACCUGGUCUCGGUGUGCCUGCCGCACACGCAGCGGUCCUGGAUCGGCAAGGCACACCUGAUCGGCCAGACGGUGCGGCCGACCUACUACCGCCCGCCGCCCCUGCCGGCCAACCCGGCCGGCCUAAUCUUUGGCGAGGGCGUGCCCGAGAGCGUCGGCAGCACCCACCGCCACCCGGCCCGGAGGCGGAAGCCGGCCGGCGGCGACGGGGCCGAGCCCGAGCCCGGGCCCGAGGUGGAGGAGUGGGUGCUCGUCGACGGCACGCCGGCCAGCUGCGUGCAGAUCGGGCUGCACCACCUCUUCGCCGAGCGCGGGCCCGUCGACCUGGUGCUGAGCGGGCCCAACUACGGCCGCAACACGACGGCGCUCUUCGCCCUCUCGUCGGGCACGCUGGGCGGGGCGCUCGAGGGGGCCGCGUGCCGCGCAAAGUCCGUCGCCGUCAGCUACGCCUUCUCGACGCGCAACCACGACCCCGUCAUCGUGGCGGGCGCGUCGCGGCACGCCGUCCGCGUCGUCGAGGCGCUCGUGCGCCAGUGGCCCGUCGACGGCAGCGUCGACCUAUACAGCAUCAACGUGCCUCUCGUCGAGGGCGUCGAGAAGGGGCGCACGCUCUGGACGGGCAUGCUGCAGAACUACUGGGCCGGUGGCGGCUGCUUCACCGCCGUCGAGGGCAUCGCCGACGAGGACGAGGAGGAGGAGCGCAUCCGCGAGGGUGCCGGCGGCGAGGCCCAGGGCGGCGCGCCCGCCGAGCCCGCCGCCAACGAGGAGGGCGUCGAGUAUAUCGGGAGGGUGCACAAGAACUUCAAGUGGCACCCGCGCUUCACCGACGUCUACAAGAGCGUGGACGAUGCCCCGCCUGGAAACGACGGUUGGGCAGUCAGAGAGGGCCAUACCAGUGUAACGGCCCUGAAGGCGAAUUUCUGGCACGCGGCCACGCACCUGCAUGAGAAGGAGCUGCAGUUGCCACCUCUAGACCAAGAUUCAAGCAUCGUCACUCUUUCACUCCGAGGAGGAGGACUUUCUUCACAGGGACUGGAGUCUGGCGACCUGGCUAUUUCGACUAAUAAUACUAAGCCCGGAAGCGAUGGCAAAGUUUCGCAAGACAGCGCGGGCAAGCUCUACGCCCUGGUCGCCUAUGAAGACCCAUACGUUCAGCCCCUCAUAAUGGAGGCUCUUAACACUGUCCUACCCAAGGACAGUUACGUCCCGAUCAAUGCACCGCCAUGUAGCAGCGACGAAAAGGACGAGGCGAUCAAGAUAGAGAGCCUCCUGCCCAGCCCAGGUGCCAAGGUUCUGCAGAUCACACCCUACGAGGCCAUAGACUUUACGUUUGGUGCCGCCCAUGUCGACAGCAUGCUGUUCAACAGCUACGUGUUCCGCAAAGCGCUGAUCCGCAAGCACUUCCUCUCGGCCACUGUCGAAGCGUGGGUCACCAAGCACCCAAACUCGGUGCUGGCAGACCACUUCAAGCCGGGCACGGCCUUCGAGGUCGACUACGCCGAGUUCCUGGACGAUGCGCUGGUCGAGGCUUGGGACCUCCGCGCCAGUCUGGAGCGUAACGAGGCGGCUGCCACUACGGACGGCGACAAGGAGUGGUGGAUCCUCAAGCCCAGCAUGAGCGACCGCGGCCAGGGCAUCAGGCUCUUCAGCACCAUGGAGGAGCUGCAAGGCAUCUUUGACGAGUGGGACGCAGACCUGCCCGACAGCGACGAUGAAGGCGAGGGCGAGGACGUGGAGGGGGAGGCGGAGGCCUCCAGUGGAGCAGGAGCCGCUGCAACUGCCAGCGGCGGCGGGGACGGUAACGGCGACUACAUCACGACGGCGCACCUGCGGCACUUUGUGGCUCAGCCGUACAUCCACCCUCCCCUGCUGCUGCCGCAGCACGACGAUCGCAAGUUCCACGUCCGGACCUACGUGGUCUGCGUCGGCAGCCUCAAGGUCUACGUCUACCGCCGCAUGCUGGCCCUCUUCGCUGGCAAGACCUACUCGCCGCCGUCCGCGGGCGCCGCGGACCUGGACGCCCACCUCACCAAUACAUGUCUGCAGCAGCAGCAGCAGCGUGACGACCCAGACGCCGCCAAGGGUGGCUUAGCUGCUGGCGCCGCCGCUACCGAACCUUUGGUGCGCGAGUUUUGGGACCUGCCCGACGCCCUGGGCGGCGUGCGAGAAGGGGAGGGAGAGGCGGCUGUUACAAAGGACUCUAUAUUUGCGCAGAUCUGCGACGUGACGGGCGCGGCGUUCGAGGCGGCGGCGCGCGGCAUGAUGAUGCACUUCCAGCCGCUGCCCAACGCGUUCGAGGUGUUUGGCGUCGACUUUCUGGUCGACGCCCGCGGCGGCGCCUGGCUUCUCGAGGUCAACUCGUUCCCGGACUUUAGGCAGACCGGGGACGACCUCAGGGGCGUGGUCGCGGGCCUGUGGGAGGGCGUGGUGCGCCUCGCCGUCGUCACCUUCUUCUACUCUCCGUCUUCGUCCUCCCCGUCCGCGGAACCACCCUCGUCCCUGCCGGCGACGGAUGCAUCAGGGGGUGGCGAUAUGGUGCUUGUGAAGGACAUCGAUCUUGGUCGGCGGUGGGGCCCCUAG